AUGAACUUUCUCAGAGUCGCCACGCUUGCUGUGGCUACUUCCCUCACAAUUGUGACUCUUUCGACAGUGAUUAAAGCUGAAUUUGUCAGAGUUGAAAGUCCCACCGCGAGGAUUUUAAGAUCUGACAACACCGCUGAAAGAGACCAGACCAACGAAAGGAGGGGAGUUAAUUUGGACACAAUACCAGGCGUCACGAAACUCAGAGGGAUCAUCGGAUCCAUUGUGGAGAAAACGCAACUACAACAUUGGCUGAGCUUGAGAACAUCGGCAGACGAUGUGUUUACCAAGAUGAAACUGACACCCGUCAAAGGCAACUUGCUGGCAAACCCGAAGAUCAAGGUUUGGAUUAAGUAUGUGGAUGAAUUGAACAAGAAGAAGCCCAAAGCAGAACGUGUAUCUGCGGCUUCUGUAUUGGCCUUUCGUUACGGAGACGAGCGGGUUUCGACAAUGCUGAAUGCCGCACUACAAGAUCAAACCACGACGAUUAAAUUACAGUCCCAACGAUUGGAGGAUUGGAUGCGCCUUGGCAUGCAACCGUACGACGUGUUUCAUUUGCUAAAGUUCGAAAAACACGACAUUCUCCUGAAUCCCGUGUUCAGUUUCUGGUUAAAGUACGUGGAUAAAUUCAACGUGCGAUACCCAAUGCAGGGAUCGACACGAAUGGAGGAACUAUCCCUUGCUCUUGGCAACAGAGUCAUGUCUAAAGUACUUGAAGCUGGGCGGAAGGACGGGAGAACGAAGGCCAUCUCCGCAAAAUUGGAGAGCCAGCUGUUAAUGGAGUGGGGAGCAAAGGGGUUUACUCCUGACGACGUGUUUGGUAUGUGGGGUCUCAAAAACAUUGCGGGGGGCGGAACUGGGCCGAUUCUAUCGGAUCCAGUACUGAAAUUUUGGGUCAGAUACAUGAAUGAGUUUAACACAAAACACCCCGGCAAGCGAACGACAAUCUUUGACACUCUCAAGAAAAACUAUGGCGAUAUGGCCUUAGUAGACAUGAUCGUCGCUGCCAAAAAGGUUCCGAAAACCAAAGCUGCUGCCAAAAGUUUGGAAGCGCAGCUGCUGAACAAAUGGCUUAAGGACAAGAAACAACCAAGGGAAGUCGAACACUGGGCGUUCUUUGACAAGUCCGGUGAGAUGAUAGGCAAAUACACGACACUAUUCAACGCGCAGAUAAAAUAG